CGGUGUUACUGUCGGGUUCCGGUUUAUUGCAUGCUGCACUUAUGCGGGGAGGAACAUUUUAUAGUCACUCUGUAAUAUGAAUGGGCAGGAAUGGCAAAGGCCAAACUAAAGGAGAAAAAGGAUUCUUCCAGGACUGACUCCAUCAAAGACAAAAACCAGGUGAAGCUGAAUCACAAAGAAAAGAGAAAGAAGUUCUGGAAAAAACAUCCCAAGAAGAGUAUUGGAUUACAAGUCAAAAAGAAAGUCAGUGUGUUGCCUCCUCCCAAAGAGCCGCAAGAGUUCUCCUCCAAUUGGAAAACGUUACAAGAGUUGCUGAAAUCCAACACAAGCAAGCCGGCUCCUAACGCCGCUCCUGUCAUUAAAAAGGAACCAAACAAAGAGCUGAAACAUAAACACAAGAAAUGCGAGGAACCUGACUGUAAAAAAAGUGACAUCAAAGCCAACGGAGAUGUGAAACCACUUGCAGUAGUGGAAGGAAAAACAAUUCGAAAAAAUGAGAAGAAAACUUCUGAAACGACAACGAAGAAAACUCCUGAAAUGACAAAGAAGAAAACUCCUGAAAUGACAAAGAAGAAAACUCCUGAAAUGACAAAGAAGAAAACUCCUGAAAUGACAAAGAAGAAAACUCCUGAAAUAACAACGAAGAGAACUGCUGAAACGACGACGAAGAGAACUGCUGAAACGACGACGAAGAGAACUGCUGAAACGACGACGAAGAGAACUGCUGAAACGACGACGAAGAGAACUGCUGAAACGACGACGAAGAGAACUGCUGAAACGACGACACAGAAAGCUGCUGAAAUGACAACGAAGAAGAAACAGAAAAUGUUAGAGCAGACAGGAAAAUACCAAAACAAACAUGCAAAACUGGACAAUUGCACAGAGACUCCAAAGGUAGACAUUUGGUUUGAUGAUGUGGAUCCGGAUGAUAUAGAAGCAGCGAUGGGGCCGGAGGCUGGGCAGAUAGCUCGUAAGAUGCAAGGACUCCCAGAGAAACAAUCCUCUUCCACGGAUGUUGUUCUGGUGAAAGAGAAAGCAUUUGAAGGACUUACAAAGACUGUCGCUAUGGAUUGUGAGAUGGUGGGAGUUGGGCAGACCGGAGAGGAAAGCAUUUUGGCCCGUGUGUCCAUAGUCAACCAGUUUGGGAAAUGUGUGUAUGAUAAAUAUGUCAAGCAAACAGAAUGGGUCACAGACUUCAGGACGGCUGUUAGUGGCAUCCGACCAGAUGAUAUGAAGAACGGAGAACAAUUCAAGGUUGUACAGAAAGAGGUGUCUGAAAUUCUCAGAGGACGCACUUUAGUUGGACAUGCUGUGCACAAUGAUCUGAAGAUCCUGUUUCUGGACCAUCCUAAAAAGGCUAUUCGGGAUACACAAAAAUACAAACCCUUUAAACAGAGAGUGAAGUCUGGGCGUCCGUCCCUUAAACUGCUGUGUGAGAAAAUCCUUAAUGUGAAGGUGCAGAAAGGUGAACACUGCUCGAUCCAAGACGCUCAGGCCGCCAUGCGCUUAUACACGAUGGAGAAGAAGGAGUGGGAAAAGGCAAUCAAAGCAAAAUACAAUAAGAAGCCCAUUGCCCAGCAAGAUAAUCCAGCACCUUCACAAAACUCAGCCCCCAAAGCUGCCCCGUUGUGAUAUUUUGUCCCAGGACUGGAAUUACAGAUUGAUGCCUUGUUGCAGGAGUUGACACAUUUUAUCAGGAACCACCCAGAACACUACAGAACUGGCUAAAUAGCUUUAUAUGGCAACGUGUAAAGAUGAAUCCAAUAAGAGAGGAACCGGAAGUAGAGUUUUAGGAGCCAUGGCUCUGUAAUUUUGGUGAUUCGUCAAGCCCUGUCUAAUUGUUAACGCUCAGGGACAAACGGUAUACAGCAUCACAUGUGAGCUAUUGCUGUACGCUCAGUGUCCUGGGGUCACGCAGCUCUUGCACAGAACUUUGCGGUGUACACUGAGUAAAAUGACUCCUUAGUAGUGGACAACCUGCAGGUGUGAGACAUCUAGGAAACAACUCACUUUGUUUAAAAACAGUUCACAUAUUCCAAUGAAAGUGUUAACAUUAUGCACACUCGCUAAACAUCGACAUAAUGGUGCAUAAGGGCACUUUCUUUAUUCCUUAACCUUCCAGAGUUCUUUUUUUUAAAAUAAACAGUUUUAUGAUUAUUAGUCCUAUUGCUGUAUAUGUUCAGCCAGAUGCAAAUCUGUCCAGUGCCUCAUUAAACACAGUAAAAAUAUAA